AUGGGCGGAUGCAUGAGCUCCAACAAUGACGAGGUGGAGCAGAAGAAGAGGAGUCAGGCUAUAGAUAAGGAGUUGGACGAGGACUCAAAACGGUUACGGAAAGAAUGCAAGAUCCUGUUGUUAGGUUCUGGUGAGAGUGGCAAGUCGACAAUCGUCAAGCAGAUGAAAAUUAUCCACCUAAAGGGAUACUCAGAAGAGGAACUGUACAACUACCGACCAACCGUCUUCAAGAAUCUAGUAGAAUGUGCCAAGGCCGUCAUCACCGCCAUGCAGCAGUUCAAUAUCGAGCUUGUGCAGGAGGACAACAGAUCCUUUGCCGACUUUUUAAUAGACUAUCAAGCGGAAUCUGGGCCGCAAGCUCACAUCGACCCCCAGGUGGGACUCGCUGUGCAGGCAAUAUGGAGCGACCCGGCCAAAGACCAGCUGAUGGAGCACCAGACGGAGUUUUACCUGAUGGACUCUGCCGAGUAUUUUUUCCAAGAAGCAAUGCGCAUCGUCGCGCCCGAUUACUUACCUAACGAGAUGGACGUAUUACGCGCCCGUACAAAGACUACCGGCAUUUACGAAACGCGUUUCCAAAUGGGCCAGCUUAGCAUUCACAUGUUUGAUGUCGGCGGGCAGAGGAGUGAACGGAAGAAGUGGAUACACUGCUUCGAGAACGUUACAUCAAUCAUUUUCUGUGUUGCGCUCAGCGAGUACGAUCAAGUUCUUCUCGAGGAGAGCAGCCAGAACCGCAUGAUGGAGAGCUUACUACUCUUUGAUUCCGUCGUCAAUUCCCGCUGGUUCAUGAGAACGAGUAUCAUUCUUUUCUUGAACAAGGUGGAUAUCUUCAAGCAGAAACUUGGCCGAUCACCUCUAUCCAACUACUUCCCCGAUUACACCGGCGGCAUCGACGUCAACAAAGCCGCCAAGUAUCUGCUAUGGCGAUUCAAUCAAGUCAACAGGGCGCAUCUCAACCUAUAUCCACAUCUUACCCAAGCUACCGAUACAUCAAACAUCCGACUCGUUUUUGCGGCGGUCAAGGAGACUAUACUGAACAACGCACUCAAGGACUCGGGUAUCCUCUAA